AUGCCUUCAACGCCGGAAGAGAUGCGCAGGACAAGCCUUACAUUUUAUAAAGUUGCUAAGUUCCCAGGUGUCAUUGGUGCUACCGAUUGCACGCACGUUAGGAUUCAGUCGCCUGGCACCGACCAAGCCGAGAACUAUCGUAACCGCAAAGGUUGGUUCUCCAUCCACGUGCAAACAGUGGUCGAUGCGGAAGCUCGAAUUACGAACAUUGUUGCUCGCUGGCCACGUUCUACUCAUGAUGCCACGAUAUUCAACAAUUCGCGGUUGUACCGACGAUUGGAGACUGGAGAAUUCGGCAACAAUUUGCUUGUAGCCGACGGCGGAUAUCGUAAAGCCGAAUAUAUAGUGACACCGCAUUUGAACCCGCAAACAGGUGAAGAGCAACUUUACAACUACAGCCACAUUAGCACGCGUAAUGUCGUGGAGAGGUCAUACGGUAUACUUAAACGACGUUGGCCUGUACUAUCAAUGGGUAUGCGUGUGCGCAUACAUACGGCCCAAUCAAUAAUUGUCGCAUGUGCUGUUUUACACAACAUUGCAAUGAACGAACGGGACUACGUACCGGACGACGAAAUCGAUGGAAUCAACGAUGGGAUGGGCUCCCUGCACGAGUCAGUUACAGAUCGCGAUAGACUCACAAGAGAAUAUUUCCACGGAUUGUUAAUGGCUGGAAGAUAA